AUGUUCAACGCGGUCGCGCGUUCUUACUGGAGGCCACGUCUUUAUAAAUCUGUGGCUCACUAUGUCGCUCGUUGCGACGCCUGUCAGCGCGCCAAGGUCACCGCGGCUUCCAAAGCGCCGCUGCAACGUCUUCCGACACCCGACGAACUCUGGGCGUCCAUCAGCAUGGACUUUAUGUUUGACCUCCCACGCGAUGUUUGCGGCCAUACCGGCAUCAUGGUGUGUGUCGAUUGCGCCUCCAAAUACGUGGCGGCGAUUCCCGCCGUUGGUCGGUGGAACUGGCGAUCGUCAAAUUCGCCCAUCGUGGGUGGCAUUCUUCAAAUUGACAACAUGGACGACGACCAGCUGAAGAAGGCCAAAGCGGUUGUGGACUUGACGGGCGAUUACUCAGACAGCGACGAGUACUUCUUUGCAGGGAGCCAGCGGUUCCGAACUGGUCGUGAAAAUCCGCUGCUUGACUUGUUCAUGAAGAAGGAAGAGCAGCGGAUCGAUGCGGAGCAUCAGGCAGCCACCGAUAUGGUUCAAAUGGCGCUGCGUACGAUGAGACCUAUGGCAAUGCGGGAAUUGUUGCGAAAUGAGAUCAUGGCCUUGAAAGAGCGCCACAGGAAGGAAACCAUGCGACGCUAG